UGGACUGCACAGUUUAGUUUCAACCCACUAGCCGUAUCAAAUUCAAAAUGCAUUUGUCAGCUUUGUUUUUCACCGUUGUGAGCUUUUUGGGAAGCUUUUGCUUCGCCAUAAAUCCAUGUAUUGAAGGACCUCCUGUUAAUAAGAGUCCAUCGGAGUGCUGCACGACGCCUGCUUUGAUUGACCCACCGUUAAUGAUGAAAUGCUUUCAAAAAUGGGGUGAACAAACCAAGCGGCAAUCGAAAAUGGAUGGAAUUCCACGAGGAUGCUGCGUUGCGGAUUGCGCCAUGGAGGGAACCAAGCUGAUCUCCAAAGGUAAAUUCAAUCGUGAAAAAGCACGCAAAGUUUUUAUGGCAGUCGUUAAGGAUCAACCGCAGUGGCAACCCAUAGUAAACGAAACCCUUGAUGAAUGUUUUAAGCAAGCUGACGAAAAUAUGGCCGAAAUUGAAGCAGGGGCCAAACUGAAACCAAGCUACAAAGGGGAAAAGAUUUGCCACCCCAUAUCCGGAAGUAUUCUUCGAUGUAUGAACAUGAAAUUGUUCUCCAAAUGCCCAAACGAUUUGUUCAAUUCCGGACCGGAAUGUGAUCAGUUGAAGCUCUACCUUGAAAAAUGCCCUUUAAAUUAGUCACAUUUGCAAACAAGUCGCUGCUGUACCACUGAGCACACAUUGAGCACCAAUGAUAUAGAUAAUAAUAAAUGGUUCUGGAACUGCACAUUGAAACUGAAAAUGACAAUUCAUCCGUUGCGUGAUCCGAUCAUUUCAAGUUCAAACGCGACGAGACAAUCUAAAUCAAUUUCAUUUUGAUAUUAUGCCAUUAAGUGAUCACCAUUAUACAGUUUGAAUAUCAUUCGCACAAUAGACGCCCCAUCACUUAGUAA